AUGUCAGCUACUUCAUUUCCUGUGACUAUUUCAUCAAUGGACACUAACUCUGCAACUCCAACUCUCAUAGCUGAUCCAACUCCCAAUCCCACUCAGCCUAGUCCUAUUACUCCUGCAGCCAGCUCUAUAUCGGCUACAGAGUCUAACUUAACUGCUGGAGCUGAAUCAUUUGCUAGCACUACUUCAACUACUAGUGAUAUUUCUACUCCCAGUGCUAAUAUUCUCCCAGAUCCUAAAGCUAAUACAACUUCUGUGUAUGUAUCACCUACCACCACCAUCUUGGCUACUAAACUUGAGGACUUAGCUAACACCUCAGUUAGUGACAUCCCUACUCCCAGUGCUAACAUUCUUCCAGCUUCUAAAGCUAAUCCAGCUUCUAUUACUCCAAAAUCUAGACCUUUGUCAAGGCGCAGGUCAAUUCCAGGUCUCGUUAUUGAUUCUGAUCUGAUGUCUAAAUUAUCUCCUAAAUCUGGCUCAUCUAUAAGCCCUGUCUUAACUUCGACAGCGACAAUUCCAGCUCCCAUUAUUUCAGCUGCUAAUAUUUCAGUUACAGAAGAUACCUCAGCCCCUAUGACUGACUCAUCUAUUAGCUCCGUUUCAGCUGUCAGUAGCAAUGUAACUAGUAAAAUAGCUCUCAAUAUUUUUCCAACUGUUGAGGCUGCAGCUUCUGUGGCUAUCCCAGCUACCAAUCAAGGUCCAGCUGCCAGCGAUGCCUUAACUUCAAUAACUGAACCGCAGGAUCGAAAUGUCCCAUCACUUACCACGUAUCUGGCUUCCAUUUCUAAACCACUUUCUUCUAUGCACAUUGGUUCGAAAGCUCUUCCAGCUAAGAAGGCAGUUGCAGCUGCCAGUUUUAUAUCAGCCAGUCUCUCGGCUCAUAAGCCUGACUCUAAUGACACUACCCUGACUUCUACUGCAGAACCAGUUCCUACUGUCUCUCCAGCUGUCAGUUACAUAUUAUCGGCUGCUAAAACUGUCCCAACAUCCGCCACUGCUGGUGAUAUCCCAGAUCCCAGUACAAAACCAGCUGGCAGCGAAUCUAUUGAUUGCACUAUUUCGGAUCUCAUUGCUGACAUAUCUAGCAAGGUAGCAUCAACCUCCAGUGAUAUCCUAAUUCCACCCAGUACCAAAGCAGCCCUUAGCGAUUCUUUAGCUACCAGCAUCACAGCUAUCACUACCUCUAAAGGUAGACCAAUUUUAUCUGGCACUACUGCGUCUACUGUCAAUGAUACCCCGAUUCCUAGUGCCAAAACAGCUGGUGAUUCUCCUGCUACCAGCUUCAUCUCAGCCAUUCAUGCUAGCAUUGGCCCCAAGUUCAUAUCAGCUCACAGCAUAGAACCAGAUGACUCCAGCCCAGAUCCCAGCGAAAAAUCCUGCAAAACUGGACCUAAGUUUCAACCCAGGCUAACCAACUAUCAGCGGAAACUUGGGAAGUUGUUCGAGACACCUAUAAGUUCGAGUUCUAUAAGUAAGGCAGAAAAAAUGAUGUUGAAAAUGGGAUGGUCUGGUGGCGCACUCGGCAAGCAAGGCGGAGGUAUCAUAGAGCCAAUAACACCCAAUUUGGAAUAUGUCAAAACGACAAAAGGUCUAGGACGCAGACCUACCGAACGGCCACCUAAACCUACCCCUAUUCAGAUGCCUAAUCCAGCCAAGCGCUUUAAAAAGACUGAGUCUAGCAAUCCAUGCUUGAAUAUCAUAAAAGCUAACAUCAAACGUAGAAUGCUCAAGAAACCAGAAGAGACGAAAGAACAGAAAAAAUCUCGAAAACUACAACCGCGCCUAGUAAAGGCACGUAGGAAGAAUCUCUUCAAAAACAACGUCUUGCAGUGUAUACUGGAAUUUGUGACUAACGAGCGAGAGAUAGGGAUCCUUUUUGAUGACCAAUUGCAUAGCGGGCAGAGGAAGAUCAUACACGACAUAGUGGAAAAGAUAAGGAAUGCGGAGGCGCCUGAGAACAAGCACACUAGGGGCUUAGAUCAAGCCCUGUUGAGCAAUGUAGCUAGGAAGAACAGAUACAUGCUGCAGACGCAAAGCGAGGGAGUGAUGCCAAAGCGGCGCCUAUGUCUAUUCAAAGAAGCGCCAAAGUCCAUGUAUCUCGUAACACAUUACAUGUUGAACGACCGAAAAACUGAUUACGUUAAACUAGAAGAAGACCAAAACGUAAGCCAAGCAAAAAAGUAUAAACAGAUAGGCCUAGCACGUAAACAGCGAUUGAUAGAUGCGAAACAGCGGAAAAAAGCGAAACAGCUGCGAAAAGCUUUAAAAAGAGCCCAGAAAGUUAAUGCUGAUAAAGUUGAAGUAGAAAUAAACAUUGACGAGUACAAGUUUGUAAAGGAUGAAUUUGAUAAUUAUGUCGCCCGUAAAAUUACUGACAUAGAAAAAUCUGAUGCAAAAGAGAGUAAAGCAGACAAAAUAAAACAGAAUAUAGAAAAAUCUGAUGCAAAACAAAGUAAAGCAGACGAAAUAAAACAGAAUAGUGACAUGGAUCAACCAAUGAGCGACUAUGAUGAGGAUAUGCUCGAAGAUUAUUUCAAAUCGAGCGAUGAAGAUGUCGAAAUGACGAAACCCGAAUCUCAUGAUGAAUUAAAAGCUAUCUUUCGUAUUGAAGAUAAAAAAUACAAAGUUCAAACCGCUGCACAAAAUAUCAAUGUUAAGAAAUCAAAUGAAACCAAACUAGAUGUGGAUAACAAUAAUAAAUUCAAGAAAUUUGAAGAGAAAUAUGUAAUUAAAACGAGAAAGGACUUUCUGAGGCAUAACCUAAACAAGUGUUUCGCUGAAUUCCUCAAUGGUGAAGCAUUUCUUGAAUUCAAAUUCUUGGGACAGUUUGAUACAGAAGAGUACGAAGUGAUGAAUGAGUUUCUAAACGACUUCUUCAUGGCUAAGAGCUCAAAUAAAGUCACGAAUGAGGAGUUUAGUGAUAUUUGGAAAAGUGGGGAUUGGAAUUUGGGUUAUAAACGGGAUUUGAAUGGAGGUUUAAUGAUAUACAAAGUUACAAUCAAGACAGAGUAAGCAAGUAAAGAAACGUAACAAUUCGCUUGCUUCAACCGUUCAAAGAAAUCGCUCAAUGCUGAAAAUGGAAAUAAAUAAUGAUCAUUAUUGGUAACUAAUUAUGUACCAUCGGCCACAGUGUUAACUAUCCAUUGCCUGUCAUGACGUCUCGUUCUAUCGCAAAGAAUCACCAUUUGAUUAGAGCGAGAGCAAAAACGGAAAUGGAUAGUUAACAGUGUGGCCGUGUGUACAUAGUUCGGUCUUAAGUUACUAUUAUGUGCAUGAAUCUCUACAGUACAGAAUAUCAAGCUUACACUAUGGCAGUGUUUUUCAACCUUUUUCAUGAGACGAUUCCCUUAGUAAGAAAAAUUGCGCAUAAUACAUUAUAAAAAUAAUGUUACAAAGAUGUUGUAGGGACUGAAUACUUCAAUGAGGGUUUUCGCGAAUGAGAGAUCCGCUAGAUGGCGGGACGUGGAUGUGGGGUCUGACUGCUGCGUGAUUGGUGGAUUUUGACAUAUCUGUCAAUGUCAUGCCAAAAAUAACCAAUCAUGCAGCAUUUGGACCUCGCGUCUACGUAUUGCCAUCUGGCAGAUUUUUCAUUCGCGAAAACCCUCAUUCAUACAACAUUUAUGCAUUUGGAUAAUUUGAUUUCAGAUAAAUCUAUAUUUAUAACUUUACUAGCUUUCCGCCCGCGGCUUCGUCCGCGUGGAAUUUUGUCUGUCACAGAAAAACUUUAUCGCGCGCGUCCCUGUUUCAAAAACCGGGAUAAAAACUAUCCUAUGUCCUUUCCCGGGACUCAAACUAUCUCUAUGCCAAAUUUUAUCAAAAUCGAUUCCGUGGUUUAUGCGUGAAAGCAAGACAGACAGUUACUUUCGAAUUUAUAAUAUUAGUGUAGAUUAUUUUUUAAUGAGGUAGUUUUUACCUCUCUCUCCCCGCUAUAGAGGCUUCACGACCCCCGGUCGAAAAACACUGCGCUAUGGAAUCGUACGUAGUUCGAAUAAGUAUGUGUUAUUUCAAUGUGCUAGUAGAUAGAUAGAUAUAACGAUUAUUAAAAGAGUAUUAAUCAAUCUAGUCUUACCUAAAAACAGGGACAAAAUGUCCAACGAA